CGCUGCGAAAGGCACACGCCGCGAACGAACGAACGAACACACAACUGCUGCUGCACCAUCCGCGAUGGCCGACGCAGGCUUCUUUCGGGGAACGUCCCAUGAUCAGGACUCCCGAUUCGCCAACAAGGAGAAGAAGUUGCUCAAGAGCAUGAAGUUUGAGCCCAUCCUCGAUACACCGGUUGACCUGAGAAAAGUGAAGCUGGACACGCUGCGACCAUGGGUCACGGAGAAGAUCAUCGCUCUCAUGGGCUUCGAGGAUGACGUCCUCAUCGACUUUGUCUUCACCCAGCUUGAGGAAGGAAAGUCGCUUGAUCCAAAGCGCAUGCAGAUCAACCUCACCGGCUUCCUCAACGCCAAGAACGCGCGCGUGUUCAUGGGCGAGCUGUGGUCGCACCUCGUCUCCGCGUCCAAGAGCGAGCUUGGCAUUUCACAGGAGCUCAUCCAGAGUAAAGCCCGCGAAAUCCAGCAAGCAGAGGCGGAGAAGCAACGCGUCUCAGAGGGCAUUCUCCAAGCAGAGCGCCGGACCCAGGGCGGCCGGCGUAACCGGUGGGGUGCACCUGCUGCCCCUGGCGCCAUGAUGCCGCCGCCCGCGCCGCCCGCCGCCGCCAUGCAGCCCGGCCUUCUCCCAGCGCCACCAGUCGGAAUGCAUCCAAUGCAAGGCAUGCCGGGUGCACAGGGCAUGCUCCCCACGCCCGCGCAGCAGCAGCAGCUCUUGGAGCAGGCCAAACAGCGCGCGCAAGCGCUUGCACAAGCCGCCCCACCAGCACGCCCAGCACCUACCACAGCAACAGCACCCACAGCAGCACCCACCACAACGACAGCAGCGACGGCAAGCAAUGGCGCUGGUGUUGGCGCUGGUGCUGACGAAGAGAAGCGGGUGCGCAGGAGUCGGGACCGGUCGCCGUCGCCGCCGCGUCGCCCACGCCGCCACAGCCGCAGUCCGAGCCGCACCCGCAACAGAUACCGCAGCCGCUACGACCGCGAUGAUGACCGCGAUGACUACCGCCGCAGCAGAGACCGCCGCAUGCGCCCCCGCUACCGCCGCAGCCGCAGCCGCAGCCGUGAUCGCUACCGUGACCGCGACUACGAGGGCGACCGCGGUGGGCGGUACAGGAGCAGGCGGUACGAUGACGAUGGCGACGGUGACGACCGCCGCGCCCGCCGCGAAGACAGGCGGCGUCGCGGCAGCAGAUACGGUGAUGAGGAGCGUGAGGAGGACGACACCGGUAGGCGCCGCCGCGCAGGUAGCGGCGACGAUGGCAGCGGUGCGGGCAGCGGUGUUGUGAGUGCUGAUGAUGACGAUGACCGUCGCCGCCACCGCCGCCGUAAACAUCGCAAGCACCGCAGCCGCAGCCGCAGCCGCAGCCCAGGCCGGGAAAGGAGUAGCCGGAAGAAGCACAAGAAGAAGCGCAGCCGGCGGCGGGACCGAUCGCGCACGCCAAGCGAGGAUGACGGCUCUGGUGCGGAUGCAGGGAACACCAGCGAUGCUGCCAACCGUCGCUCUCACUCACCAGCAGACGAGGAUGCAGAGACCAAAGAGAAGCGGCUGAAGGAGAUGUUGCUGGCGAAGAAGAAGCAGGAGGAGCAGGAGGAGCAGGAGGAGGACAAGCCAUCCAAUGAUGCUGAUGUUGAUGGUCAUGAUGACGAAAACACCAACAAGGAACAGCAGGCUUGAGUGGUGCCUUUCUUUUGCCAUUCCUUCUUUCUACACACGUGUUUGUAGUGUUUGUGCGGUGCUGGUGCUGGUGCUGGUGUGAGAGACACACUCGCACUGCUGCCAAAGCGCACACCAUCUCCUUGUUGACUUGACAUUUUGCGAAUAGAGCGACGAAAUUUCUUUCGAGCUUGGCAACCAAUACACAACACCACACACACACAGACCGCUGAUAAGCAAGCAAGCAAGCCAAGCCAGG